AUGAACUUCGUGAGUACCAAGAAUAUGGCACGAAGGCGAAAAAAGAAGAAAGCGGGGAAGGGAAGAGAGGUAUACUAUUUGGAAAAUACAGCAAUGGCUGAUUCAACGAACGAUAUUGAAAUUUGCACGGUAACAAGUACAUUGCCAGCAGAAACAAGUCCAAUAAAACAUAAAACAAAUCAAAUGACUGGUUGCACGGAGUGUAUCGCAAGCUCAUCUGUGUGUGGAAGAGAAAGAACUUGGUCGAGAUCAUCGGCAGCACCAGUCUUGCAUUCUACAGACUUUUGGGACAGGCAUUUUGAUGGUACCAACUCGGUCUCAUGGAAGACUUUUCGAGCUGCAUUUCUUGAAGAUUACGGAUGUGUUAUUCAAGAAUUCGCCCCUCAGAGAAUCCACUGGAUUUUAACCAUAGUACACAAGGACAUUUUUGCCGCAGCAAAUGAUAUUCACAAGCUGUAUUACGAUAAGUUCUGCGGUAAAUCACGCCACCCAGAUCGUCUUUGGGUGAAUAUCAAGCAAUACGCGGCCGAGAGGAUUUUUCGGGAAGGUGUCAUAGAGUCUAUGUUCGAGUAG